AUUUUAAUGAUUUAAAUAUAUGACAUGAUUAAUAAUAUUAGCAUUUUAUUAUAUUUGUAAUACCUCCACUUAUGAGAUAGGUAAGGUAUAUGGCAAUAACACUAAUAUAAUUAUGUCAGCAGUUAAAUAGAACUCUCGACUCAUAUUAGGGAGAUAAUUUCUUAAUUCAAUAAAAAAGAGAUGUUUAAUCCAAUUAAAAGCGAUGGAGUUGUGGCCAAAAAGCAUUAAGAGAAAUUAUUUAUAUCAUAGUAUUUAAAGAAUUGUGGCCAAAAAAUAAACGAUAAAGCCACGGCCAAUAAUUGUAUUCUUAAUUUAUGAAAGAAAUAAUUCUCAACUUGGUAUCAAGGAAGUUCACUUGAUAGCAAGUAUAAGCGACAAAGCUAGGUCAAUAAUUGUAUUCUCAAUUUAUAAGAGAGAUAAUUCUUAACUUGAUAUCGAGGGAGUUCACUUGAUAGCAAGUAUAAAUAAUAAAGUUGCAACCAACGAACAAGCGAUAAAGUUGUGGCCAAAAAAUAAUUCUCAAUUUGUAGAUAAUUCUCAACUUGAUAUUGAGGAGAUUUAUUUGAUAGCAAGUAUCAAUGAUAGAAUAGCGAUCAAGAAUGAGCAAUAAAGCUAUGGUCAAGGAGUGAUUCUUAAUUUCAUACUAAGGAGGUGAAUUCUCAACCUAGAAAAAAGGAGAUCAAACUACACUAUGUAUUAAAGAAAUAAUUUUUUCUCAACCUAAUACCAAGGAGAUUAAUUUGAUUUCAAAACGUGAAUUGCUAAAUUGAGGCCAAUAAAAAUGGAUUCAACACAGGGGCCAUAUCAACUUAUAUCUCAAUUUGAUUUUGAAGAUUAAUCUCAUGUACAAUUAAAGAAAACUCUCAAUAAAGUUUAAGGUAAUAACUUUUUUCUUAAAGUUAUAAGAAGGCAAACAUUUUCAUCACUUUUGCAAUUUUGGUAAAAAAGCAUGCAUUAUAAUGGACAUUUGUUGGAAUAAUAAAUGCUUUUCAUUUUCUCAUGUUAAGCUUUUUUUUUAAUUGAAAUUUUUAAACGUGUAUAAACAAAAUAAUAAUAGUAAAGAAAUGCUUGAAUAGUUGAAAAUAGUAAAAGCUAAAGACUAAAUAUUUGUAAUUGAUUAAACUUCUAAAAUGAAAGAAUAAAUGUUCCAAUCAAAUUAUUGCUCCACCACUGAGAAUCUUGUGGCAUUAAGAUUUUUCACAUCUAGUAGAGUAGCUCAUGUCAUGUCUUUGGUGAAGUUUUACUCAAUGCAAUCACUCCUCCCCAUGGAGUUACCAAAAUGUAGAGAGGUUUUUUGUUAAGGUGAGGAACCGUUGCAAACAAGUAGAGCAGGAUAUGUAGGGAAACAGCGUAGAGGAAGAUUGGAGCAGAUCCUGAAGCAUGUUUGCUGCGGCAGGUGGUGAAGCAAGGUUGAGUAAGCAAAAGAAUAAGGCUGAAAAAAAUAUUUAGGAAGAGAGAAUUACAGAUAAAUUUGAGUAAAUUUGCCAAAGUCUCCAAAAGUCUUCCAAAUGAAUUAUGGAAACUUAUAUUUAUAGGUUUCAAGAAUAGAAGUUAUAUAUCUUGAGUGUUAAAUAGUAAUAAUAGUGAAAUUGAUGGUUAUAAAAGGUAUUAAUAUAUUAAAUAUGAAUAAUGGUGAAUAAUGGAGGAAUUGACCGUUACUGUAUUGGUUAAUGAGAGUUUAAUUAGCUUUUGGUGAUAGGCAUGGUGAAUAUAGAAAUUCAUUAUCUGUUCUGAAAAAAAGAGAGAAGCACUCAUAUUUUAGAAAAGAGUUAAGAGGAGCCCUCCUAACUAUCUCCAUUUCUGAUCCACCAAGCCAUUCUCCAAAACAUUCCAAUAGUGGAAUUAACUCAAGAACCCUGUCAUAUUUCAAGAAUAUUUGCCUUUCUUCAUUCAGUGAAGUAAUAUUCAGUGAAGCAUUUUUUACGAAACAACUCUUAGUGAAGUAACUUUUGGUGAAAGAGUUUUUGGUAAAAGUGUUGAUGUUGUUCCUUGAGGAAGUUGUUCUAAGAACAGCUGUUCUAUAAAGGUGUUGUUCUAUGAAGAAGUUAUUUCUUGAAUAGUUGUUUCAUGAACAGUUGUUCUAUGUUCUAUGAAAGAGUUGUUCUAUGAAUAGCUAUUCUGUAAAAUAACAUUCACUGAAACAAUCUUAUUACCUAUUUUGACUUAUCCUCAACUUUAAUAAUUUUAAAAAAAUUUAAAAGAAUAAAAUAUUAGUAACCGAAAUCAAGAAUUUACGACGAGUAAUCUUAUUUCCUGUUUUCUUUAAUUGCCAAAGAAAAUUUUAGAUAGGUUCUUUUCUUGGGAAGUGCUGGCUGGGUAAUGAAAGCAACUUAAAAAUUGGAAUUCGUUAAAUAAAAAUGCUUUAAUGGCCUUGUGUUUAGUCUCAUUUUUGCCAUAUGACGGGUUAUCAACAACAUUUUUAGGAGUAACCUGGAGCCAGUUCCUAUCCUACUUCCCCUAAUGCUGUUUGAAUUUUGAUAAUGACAUAUUACAUUAGCGUGAUUAUAAUUUGCUAAUCUGAGACAUCUUUAUGUUCUAGUUUUGUUGGGUGCAUGACCUGAACCAACAAUAUCUGAAGUCUAACCAUUCUGCUUACUGCUUGUCAUUACUAGUUGGAUCUUGAUAUUUGAGUGAGUACAUUCUAUAGUAUUUUUCAAUUGGACCUAUUCUUUUUGGUGGUGAUGAAUUCUAAGAAUUCCUCAGUUCAUUGUGGGUUUUCAUACUUUCAGAGUAAGAAGAAACCCAUUGAAGUUGCAGAAGAAUUGGAGGCAGAUCAGUAUCAUGGGUUCAACCUGAUCUUGGUUGAUCUUUGUUCAAAAUCAAUGCUUCAUGUGACAAACAAACCGAAGGAAAAUGGAAACUUUGUCACUGUGGUUUCACCUGGGAUUCAUAUGCUAUCAAACGCAAGCCCAGAUUCACCUUGGCUCAAGGUAAAAAGGCUUCAGCGAUUGGAUCAUAAUUUCAAGGUCAUGGCUAGAUACGGUAAAAGAAGAACUUCCCCUUGCAUAUCUAUGACAACAGUCUGUGCAGGGGCGUUUUGGCUACAGAAACCAGUCAGCGUUGUCUGUGAAAUCAAAUGGGGAGUCUGCUUUUAUGAAAGAUAUUUGGGCAAGCAUCUCUGGAAAUUUACUGAGAGAACAUACUCUCGUAAAUCAUAAAUACAGUAGUCCCACCAUGCAGACCAAGUUUCAACUCGUUUACUGACACCAACAAUAACAUACUUCUCUUACAAGAGAAAGUCGUCCCUACGUUACAGAACUAAAUGGCCAUUUUUCACAUUAUGAUGAAACAACAGAUUGCAUAAGCUCGCUCGAGCUUAUAACAAUGUUGAAAACCUGUCCUGCUCACGAAGCACAGGUGACAUAGGAGCAACCGGUACCACAUUUACAGAACAGCUUUCCGCUCCCAGUGAAUUCAGUCUCGUUGCUUGUGCAUGGAUUGCAGCGACGAUGCUCCCCGGAGAAGCAUCUCUAGUGGUAUGUACCGCUCGUAGUCUCGCUGGCUGUGCACCUGUUUGAUUAUUCCCAAACAUAGUAUCAUUAUAUUCAUUAAGGCAAUAACUCUUAGAAUUGGACUGAAACCUGUGCUCUGUAGGGGUAAGAUUAUAAACCAUAACUUAAGGAGGUGGUCGAUUUAAAUCCACACAGACAGCCAAGUAGGCCAUGGAUUGUAUCAGUACCACUAUAGCAAAUGAGAGAGGAAUCAAAGAGGGGCCAUCUCCUGGGGCACGAUAGUUUGGCAGCCAUUAAGAAUCCCAACUGUCUAUGCAUGGCUUGUCAUAGCCAAAUAUCUAUCAAUAUGCUGCACACAUGCGGCGCUCACGAAUGGUACGUCAGAGCAAAAUUUAUACUAUCACUGACCGCCAGCAAAGACAUUUGCAUGUUUUAAUUGCCCCCAAAGUCCCAAUUGUGCUGCGGAUCAAUACAGGCUAAAAGAGAGGAAACCAGGAGAAAAGAAAAAAAAAAGAAAGAGUAGGGACUAAUGAACCUGCCGCAAGCCAUGCCACCGGGCAUUGGGAAGGACAGCCACACGACGACCCCUCUAACUUCAGCCCUGUUAUCCGCCAUUUUUCAGUCUUGUUAUAUGAAUUGUGAAGCUGAGUGUGAACCACCCUGUAUUGCCUUGGUAUUUUGAAAAUCUCAACAAUAAAACUGAAAAACACGCCAAAAAAUUUCACUGCAAAUUUUCUCCAAAUAACAGUAGAGCCAAUGGAAUGGGAACAGGCUCGGGGCAGGGACUUGAUACAGAUGAUGACACAUAUACUAAAUAAAUUUAUUUAACCUGUUCUAUUUCUCCCUUCUGGUUUUGCUAAAGGACUUUUCAUCGUUGAAGCACCUUAAAGUUUGGUUUAGAACUUGACAAUUCAAUUCGAGUUAAUUGUAUUGAGAAUAAGACGUUUCGAGUUCACUUGGGAUUGAUCCAUAUUGGAAAAGUUCGGGGUUUUCCUCUUAUAAUUUUUUUUAAAAAUUUUUUUGAUAAAAGGAUUCUUAUAAUUAUAGUUCUUAAUGAUAUUAGAAUAAUGAGAUUAAGGUUUAAUUGAAGCGUUACUG